GUCAUCGCCUGGGUAGUGCUCGUGAAAUAGAACUUGAGGAUGCGUUGCGCCGUAGUAUCAAAUCCAAUUCUGAGCUUACCAAUGAAUACAGAGACCUGCAGGACGUAUACUCAAAGCGAGAGGAGGCGUUUCGACAUACCA